UUAUGGAAUAGAGUUCCAUGUAGUGAUGGCUCUAUGUAGUACUGUGCGCCUCCCAUGCUAGGUAGCAUCCGUUAACGUAUUAUCACGUUUGGUAAAGGGUUGAUGUGUUAUUUUUGUGUCAAACCGAGUGAACGUGAUACACAUAGAUAGUCACAUAGCUAGACACUUCGGGUUUGUCUGAAUGGAUGUACAUCAUUUCCUCAAGGUCAUUUAAUGAAGAAUCCAUUUAUUUGGGAUUUCUGAGUUCGUUUGGCAUGUUUUUGGUUUUGUGUAAAAUUCACGAGCUGGUCAAAUGGCGGCGCCCACUCGGUCUGCGUCAACGAACUAAAGAAAUCAGGUGCAGAGAGACAUUUUCACCGUUGCACUACAGUUUUGAAGCUUAAUGCAGACUAUAAUGAAGUAUGAGGACAAACCCAGCCUGCCUCUCUCCUUCCACAGUGAGUCCAAACCUACAGUCACUGGGUCCUGAUUGUGACAGUGGAGCCCAGUUUGCACUGGAGGAUCCAGAGAUGGCAUCAGUGAAGCUGGAAGACUGCAGUCAAACACUGGAGCUGAAUGUCAACAUUAAAGAUGAAGAAGAGGAGGAGAAGAUUGGGACAUAUGUUUCUCAUGGAGAUCAUGUUGAGACAUUCUCUACAUCCAGAGAGCAACAGCAGGAAGAUCACAGAGCUAAGAGGUCUCACCACUGCCCACAUUGUGAGGAGAUUUUCCCAAUUCUAUCAAAGCUAAAAAUACACCUAAAACUACAUAUAGGAGAGAAUCUGCAUUUCUGCACUGACUGUGGGAAGAAUUUCACCACAUCAAGGGCUAUGAUAGUUCACCAGAGAGUACACACAGGAGAGAAGCCUUUCUCCUGCUCUGACUGUAGGAAGAGUUUCUCUCAAUCGAGCCACCUAAAACAACAUGAACGUAUACACACAGGAGAGAAGCCUUACUCCUGCUCUGACUGUGGAAAUAGUUUCUCUGGACGGGGACAUCUAAAACAACAUGAACGUAUACACACAGGAGAGAAGCCUUACUCCUGCUCUGACUGUUGGAAGAGUUUCUCUCACUCGAGCCACCUAAAACAACAUGAACGUAUACACACAGGAGAGAAGCCUUACUCCUGCUCUGACUGUGGAAAAUGCUUCACACAAUCGUCUCAGCUGAAAGUUCACCAGAGAACACACACAGGAGAGAAGCCUUACUUCUGCUCUGACUGUGGAAAUAGUUUCUCUCACCUGGGCCACUUUAAAACACAUGAACGCAUACACACAGGAGAGAAGCCAUACUCCUGCUCUGACUGUGGAAAAUGCUUCACAACAUCAACUGUGCUAAAAGUUCACCAGAGAACACACACAGGAGAGAAGCCUUGCUCCUGUUCUGACUGUGGAAAAUGCUUCACAACAUCAACUGAGCUAAAAGUUCACCAGAGAACACACACAGGAGAGAAGCCUUACUUCUGCUCUGACUGUAGGGCGAGUUUCUCUCAAUCCAGCCACCUAAAACGACAUGAACGUAUACACACAGGAGAGAAGCCUUACUACUGCUCUGACUGUGGAAAAUGUUUUAAAUCAUCAGCUGAGCUAAACGGUCAUCAGAGAACACACACACGAGAGAAGCCUUUCUUCUGCUCUUACUGUGGCAAGAACUUCUCCCGAUUGGCCAAUGUAAAAACACACCAACGGCUACACACUUGAGAGAAGCCUCAUCAGUUCUCUCACACCAGCUAAGAUUUGUCACUCCACUUAAUUCUCAUCUCAUAAAAUAAUUGGCAACGUUGAAUUGGAUCAAAUUAAGAAAGUGUAGAACACUAUUGUAAUCAUAUUGUUUCUCACUGUGAGAGAACUGUGCAGAGGAAAAGGAGCAUCAUAGAAUGUUAGUCUCUCUUUACUGAUCAGUGUGCAUCUUGUCAGUUUUGCUGUGUUCUUUUUAGCCCACGUCCAUAGAGACACAUACCAGCUCUACUGGUAGCACUGGUACUACCAGCAGUACCGCACCUGUUGACUGCACAAGUUGUUCUGCUUCCACGAACCCAUCCAAUGCUAGCAUCAGUAAUUCUACGUUUGUUGUUAGCCCAGCUAGCAUGGACACUGACAGUUGUGAAUCUGAUGCAGCCGCAGAGCUUCUGCCCCUUUACCCAGGAAAGCACUGAACAACAGGUGGAUGUUGGACCAUCGUAGAGGUGCAAAUAUGGUGAGAACUACAUUGAUUUGGGGUUCACAUAUAUUGGGAAUAGUGCCUUUCCUCAGCCACAGUGUGUUAUAUCUCACAACUCAAUGAAAAAUCCACUCUUAACCAGUCAUUUAGAAACAAAACAUGCCAAUUUGAAAAUAAUACCCUUAAUAAGAAGGGUCUAGAAGCGUCUUGAUGAGUUACCAAGUGGCUAGGACAGGCAAGCUCCAUACUAUUAUGGAGGACUUAAUUCUUAAUUCUUCCUGCUUCUGUAGAUAUGGCUGGGGGAAAAUGUUUUUAAAAAUGAUUCCGUUUCAUGAUGCAUCAGUGACAUGGCAGAUGUUUUGAAACAAUUUACUGCUUCGCAUACAAGCCAGUGAAUUCAGUGGGAUGAGUCAACAGACGUGGCGGGCCUGGCACAGCUCCAUGUCUGUUACCUUUUUGUGGGGGGUCAAUUAAGGAAGACAUCCUCUUCUACAAACCACUGGAAACCAGGACAACAGGAUAUCUUUUUAAACUACUGGCCAGCUUUGUGACAUCAAAUGGACUUUGGUGGUCAAGAUGUGUUGGUAUCUGUACUGAUGGCGCAAAUGCCAUGACAGGGAGACAUAGUGAAGUGGUAACGCUCGUGCAAGCACUUACUCCCGAUGCUACUUGGGUUCACUGCAGCAUCCACCGAGAGGCUCUUGCUGGCAAGGGAAUGCCUGACCGCUUAAAAGACGUUUUGGGGACAACAGUGAAAAUUGUUGACUUUGAUAACAUGGACAACACACAGGUCUUUCAUCAUUGUAUGAUUUAUUUUGUGUGCAAAUGAACUCAAGCUUAUGGUCAAUGUCACAUGUGAUCUAGCAAAGCACCUGAGUGAGUUUUGGUGUGCAAAUACACAGGUACUUUCCUGAAACGGAUUACACAAACUAGAUUCAUUAUCCCUUUCAUGCCCUGCCUCCAGUCCACUUACCGAUAUCUGAACAAGAG